AUGUCGGUGGAAGUUGCAAUUCUGGGGCCGGCAGGCUUUUCGCUAUCGGUGCUGAUCGUGUCCGUUCUCUUCAUUGCAAUGUGUGUGUGCGGUCGCAACUCAUCGAAGGCCAACAAGGAGGCUGCCGAAACCGUCGAGACUCGUGCCGUGAUUUUCCAAGAGUCGCCUCAACUCGCGAACAAGCAGGUGACGGCAGCGACCCUGAACGGAGAAGUAAUGACCGGGGUUCAGGUAGUGUCAUCAUCUGGUAACCAUUUCGCACCGGAGUCCUCGUCACCCGUACCACCAGGACAAGGGACUCCGAUUCACUCGAACUCACCUCAUCCUCAUGUCUCAGACAGAGCUUUGCCCACGCCGCCGGGGAGACCGCAGAGCAUGCCCGCAGGUUUGCCGACCUCGGUCAACGGUCCCGUUCGAGGGAGACACCGACCAACAUUGAGUCAGACUCCGUCAACUCCACCUGUUCCAGCGGGUGUAUCUUCAUCGAUAGCUCAUGGACCAACACCGCAGCCGCCUGCCUUGGGGGAAGAAUUUGCCAGGAAUGAAGGAAUUCCCGAUAUCGACUCUGAUGGGGGAGUCGGGGGACCAGUUGCGGGCACCGUAGAAACGGUCGUAGCGACUCAAGGCGACAUUCCUUAUACCGUCAUUUCCGUACGGGAGCCGUUGGCCAAUCUACGGGAAGAAGCUCAACGACUGCUCUUGGAGCAGCACAACUCUAGUCAGAAUCCGCCGUCGACAAACAAUGUGCAAAGUCCUUCGACCCGUUCGGCUGGCGAACAAUAUUACGCAGUCGUCCAACAAGACGAGGAGAUGUAUGCCGAAAUCGAGAGCGCCAACUCGUCCGUUACAUACGCACGCAUCGAACCCCGCCAGAACGCUUCCUCACGGAUAACCUCGCCGCCCGUUGAUUCCCCGCCAAGUCCAGCUUCGGUUCAGACAGUGGUGGACGGCACAAGUGCAAUGGGUGGAGCUCCAGCGCCCCCCACGGUCGAGAGCUUACGCUCGGUGGCACAAGCUCACUCCAGACAAGCGUCCACAUCGUCGAUUUUCGCCAACAAUGGAGGGCUGUGCAUGGUGUCGAAUGGGCAAAACUCGAGCAUCACCAUCGGUUCGGACAUAAACAUCGUGAACAACCUGUAUUCAACGGUUGAUUUAUCUCAGAAGCAUCAGCGGAGAAUAUCCUCUGAAGGUCACAGUGGUGAUAGCGUUGCUUCUGACGUAGAUCAGCUUUACGCGAAAGUUGCCAAGAAGUCUAAGAGACCCUCGCCCCCUCCGAAUCACGCUCACUCUCAACUGCCGGCGCCUCCGCCGCCCCCGAACAACAUUCAUCACCUACAAUCUGCGAACAUGAGCUCGAAAUUCGAAAACAACAAUCACAUCGGCUCGAUGUUGCCUCCGAUGUCGCUGAAGCGGAAAAGCUCGAGAGCAUCCAGAGAGGAUGUCGACGACGAUCCUUGCUAUGAGAUAGUCGGAGGCGCCAACGGAGUUGAUGAAGAACCAAAAUACGAAAGGCUCAAAGGAUCUGCUUCGAGCGACAUCGAUCCCAACUACGAACAGCUCAAUUCCAAGGAGGAUCCUUGCUAUGAGGCUUUAGGUGGCCUCAGCAAUAGCAGCGACAACGAUCCUGGCUACGAGAGAGUGUCUCGGAGAGAGUCUGACGUCACAGACCCAAACUAUGAAAGGAUACCUCGCGGUGACAGCAUAAUCAACGAGCCUCGGUACGAAACGGUUCGUCUCCCGAGGGACGACUCCUCUGACGUCGAAGCAGACCCGUGCUACGAACGUGUCGGUCCGAAAGAAGAUUCGGAGCUUCAUUACGACAGAGCGCGAGGCAAGCCCCGACGGGAGGACAGUCUCAGCUCUGAUCCGGGAUACGAGACUGUGAAGAAGCCCAAUAACGCUGUCUCGAAUGGACAUGUACAAGUUCGCAUGAAUGGGAGGCCAACACGGACCCUGGUCACUGUGAACUCGCACAUGCUCCAGGAGCCAGACUAUGAGACAGUCAACACCCCCGAGAUCGUGAUGCUCUAA